CGGACCGAGCCGAGCCGAGCCCAGCAGAGCCGGACCGAGCUGAGCCGAGCCGAGCCGAGCCGGGCUCUCCCGCCGCCCCUUGUCAACAGCCGGCCGGGCGGCGGGAGACAGCGCGCUCGUCCCCAUGUGGCUGACGCUGGCCCUCGCCUCCGCCUUCUUCCCGGGGCUCUUCAUCCUCUGCAUCCGGUUGCUGCGCUGGGCCGCCCCGGGAUGGAGCCUCAAGGACCGCAUCCUCCUCAGCGGCAGGCUGGUGUCAACGGUCCAAGCCACGAUGGCAACGGUGUCGGGGAUCACGGUUGUGCUCAGCUGCAAGAACGUGGUGCACGACAGGCACUGGCUGGCUGUGGAGUACAUCUGGGUCCUGGUUCCCUACAUGACCUAUGACAUCUAUGUCAUGUACCUCUGCCACUGGCACAAGAGCCAGGAGAAGGGGAUCCUGGAGAAGAAGCACUCGCUGGCCAGCGUGUGGAGCUUCCUCCUGCAGGAGCGGCUGAUGGUGACCCACCACCUCUUCAUCCUCAUCGUGCUCACCCCCAUCACCCAGCACUUCAGGGGAGAGCUGGGGGACUUCUUUGUGGGCUGCAUCUUCACAGCAGAGCUGAGCACGCCUUUUGUUUCACUGGGCAAAAUCCUCAUGCAGCUCAAAAUGCAGGACACGCUCCUGCACAAGGUGAACGGGAUCGUCAUCCUGGUGACCUUCUUCCUGUGCCGCAUCCUCCUCUUCCCCUUCAUGUACGCGGCCUACGCCCGCCAGGUGGGGAUCCCGGUUUACCUGGUGCCGUUCCGCAUCCCCCUGCACUGCAACAUCGCCAACGCCUCCCUCAUCGCCCCCCAGCUCUACUGGUUCCGGCUCAUCUGCCGCAAGGCCGCCCGGCUCUACGGCGGCUCUCCCGCCCACCGGAGCAGAUAACGGAGCUGAUAACGGCCAGGGGCUGGCACAGGGGCAGCCCCCGGCCCUUCCCUCGGGGAGCAGCGGUUCCGCUGGAAGCGCCUCCCGUCCGCAGCGCCGGGCCAGGCAGCACCAGCCUGGGCUAGGAAGGCUUUGCUCGCGUCCUGCUGUCGGUGUGGGAGCCGGCCUGGAAGCUCGGCAUUGCUCCUGGGAUCCGGCUCCGAGGGUUACACGAGAGGGGUUUGUUCCAGCCCCCCCCGGCGCGGCUCCCAGCGCUGACACCGGACACCGGCGCGGAGGAGCCUGCGGCCGGCGCGGGGAUGCUGGAGCGGGCCCAGCCCCAGCAGCGGCGAUGGGGAGCCCGUGCUGGACCUGCUGCAGCCACAGCCAGGCCUGGAGCUGCGGCACAGCUCUGCAGAGCCGUUCCUGACCUUCACUGACUUCAGCUCUACGCUACAGCCCUGAUCGGCCUCUCAGCUCCCACGCACGCCUCACCUGCUGCUGCUGGGCUCGAGCUCCACUCAACCUGACGGUGCUUUUCACCACAACUGGCUGACAGUCCUGGGAGACUCCUGUGCUGGAGGGCAGAAGCUCAUGCCACAAUGGGAACAUUUCUGCUGUCGCAGGGCUGGAUGGGGACAGGAACCUGCCAUGUCCUUGUCUCACCACCAACACACAGGGCACUAUGCACAGCCCUUCCUUGGCAGGGAGUGCAAUUUUCCCUCCCCUAACCACAGCUGCUUUUAUCUGGCCUGCAUCCCCCCAGCAGGUAUUUAAAACCACCUGGCAGGCCCUGCUCUGCUCCUGUCCUCCAGCUGGCACCACCACACCCUGGAAACACCUGUACAAUCCAUCCCUCCAGCCCCAUCCCACCCCCCAUGAGGCUGCCAGGGACAGAACUGGAGCUGCACAGAAGGAAUCAACAACCCCCAGAGCAGGAUGCUGAGCUGGUCCUUGACCAGCCCAUUUCCACUUUUAGUCACUUUUAGCAAAAUGGGUACAGGCUCCCCAGCCCGCCCUGCACCACAGGGUGUGUGCAAUCAGACCACAGCUGAGUUCAUCCCCUGCAGCCAGCACCAGCCAGGACAGCCACCUCCUCCUGCAGCCUCCUGUGCCUGCUCCAGGCAGGGAACUGCACUGGCACAGCCCUGGCACAGCCCCCAUGCCGAGACCUGCGACCACUCUGUGCCUUUCAUUCUGUCUGAAACCAGCAGCCAAGCUCUGCGAAAUCUGGAUCUUCUGGGUGUUGGAUCUGGUCCCAACCACUGCUGCUGUUCUGGAUAGAGUGUAAAAAACCAAAAAGGGCCUCUUCCGACCUGUGGCUGUUGUUGCAGAGACUCCACAGUAGCCACUGAGACCAGCUGAUGUCACAAACUCCUGCAACUCCUUACAGAUGUUGUAUCUCACUGUUUUCAUUGCGAAUAACGUGCCUUAUGUAAGGACAAAAAAAUCCCCAGCCAAUGAGGCACCUCAGUUUGCACUAACACUGCCCUAUUUACUAUCAGGAGACCAAUAAAGAUUUCCUCUCUGAGUCACACCA